UUGGGGGAUUUUUUUUUAAAGAAGCAACAAAAAUGAUUGAAUUUCUGUCAUGCAAUUUAAUCGUUUUUCAACUUCAGGUCCCAAUUGUAGAAUUUGAUAUAAUCCUAAUUACUCAGAAAGUUGAUUCCUAUUCUCACAAAUGUCCAAACAUAAAAAAGUAUCCUAUUUUUAUGGUUGAACAUUUAAGAACUGACAUACAACUGCAGGGGAAAAACAUCACCUGGAAUUACUUAAAACAAAGAAAAAGAACAGGAAAGUAAAUAGAGAGUUUCCAUUACUGUUUUUUAAAAAAUGAAGUUUUCCUCUGUUUCUGAUUGUAGUCCCUUCGUCCAUAUCAUCUCCAAUCAUUAGACAGUUACACUUGUAAAUGCAAGUUUCUGCAUGAGCAUGUUUGCUGACUGUUUUUCAACCGCUCUUACAUGCACGCACACUGUAGUCACCAAAGAUAACAUGUUUCUGCUUGUCAUUUUUGCGAUCGCAUAAAGAUGCACUACUUUCACGUGGGAGCUCAAACUGUGACAAGUUGAACUCCUCUACUGUCUCCUAACUUCAUGUCUCUCAAUGGGAAGCCACCAAAGCAGCUGUUCCAGAAAGAUGUGAAAUGAAUCUUGAUCACCGGAUGCACCUCUAACCAGUACUAAAGAUGUUUCACUCCUCACUCUGCAGUGAGAAGUCUCCGUGGAAAAGAGCCAGGCGUUGGUUGUUCUAUGUCAUGCUCUCCCUCAUGUUGGGAGUUUUAGUUCUCUACAGUUGGUUCUCAUCAUCUUGGAGACCUCUGCUGAUUCAGAGGGACGACAACAAGACGGCAGUUCAAACUAUUUCACCUUCUCACUAUAUACCCUCACAGUUCUAUGUGGAAUACCCGUACCAAUACCAUUUCAUACUGGAUGAACCAAACCGAUGCCGACAGGAGAGCCCCUUCGUGGUGGUCAUGAUCCCAGUGGCCCCACAAAGCAAAGAGGCUCGUGACAUCAUUCGCAGCACAUGGGGAAGAGAAAAUUGGGUGUUGGGCCAGUUGAUCAGCUACUACUUCCUCCUGGGAAAGUCUAGAAUAGGUAACGACGCAGAGCCACCUGAUGAACAGAUUUUGAAUGAAAGCAAGAAGCACCACGACAUCCUCCAGAGUAACUUCUUGGACAGCUACAAAAAUCUCACCAUUAAAACGAUGGUCAUGUUGGAGUGGCUCACCUCCCACUGCCCCAACACCUCCUAUGCCAUGAAGAUCGACUCGGACACCUUCCUCAAUGUACACAACCUCGUCGACAUGCUCCUGAAAGCCCCCCGCCAUGACUACAUGACGGGCCUGGUGGCACGGGGCGCCGCAGUUCUUCGAGACCCGACUUCCAAGUGGUUUCUGUCGCCCAACGUCUUCCCCGAGGAUUCGUACCCUCCGUACGCACUGGGAGUUGGCUAUGUCUUGUCCCUGGAUCUGCCCAAGCGGAUACUGGAAGCGUCCAAAAAGGUUCAGGCUGUCUACAUUGAAGAUGUGUACAUGGGUUUGUGCAUGAGACAUUUAGGGAUUCAGCUGACGGAGCCUCCACGCGGCGGUUUGUUUGUCAUCAACAUGCCUUCAGAAAGGACGGGCUGCUACUUCGCCUCUGUCAUUGUCUCAUUACUGCACAACUCUGAGCAGAUUUUGGAUGCAUGGAAGGCUUAUGAGACUCAACCACACUGCUAGACCUUCAAUGUUUGGUGGAAUUUUCACCCACAUGCACACGUACCCUGCUGGGGAGGAAACCGAUGGAAUGCAGAAGAAGUUUCGAAACUGUGUGCAACAACUGUGCCAUUAUUUAAAGUCUAAUUUAUUACUUUUUUAAAAAGAUUGUAUAAGUUGACAUGUUUUUCAUAUUAUUAUUGUUCCAACUAGAGGUGUGC